AUGUGGCGGGACCGCACCAAUCUUUACAUAUCCUACCGCCAGUCAUUCACACAUCACCCCGCGAAGAAGCCGAGAUACCUUGGAGCCACCAAUGGGUUCUCCGACGUCGCAUCACAGUCCGAGGAAAGUCGGCGACUUAUAUCCGAAUCCACAGGGAUAGACGAUGAUGGCGAUGCCAUCAUUGAGAUGGAUGUUCUCCCGCCGCGUUGGGUCGACGUGCAGGAGGAUGUUACGGACUUGCUUGCGGACAUCGCCCAGAAAUCGGCACAGCUAGAUAAGCUACACCAUAAGCACCUAUUACCGGGGUUUGGCGAUGAAGACGUGCGGAAACAAGACGAGCGUGUUAUCGAGCGAUAUACACAAGAAAUCACUCGCGGCUUCCAUGAAUGCCAGAAGCAUGUCAAGCGAAUCGAAACGAUGGUGCAAGAGGCUAAGCAACAAGAUGGUGUGAGUAGCGGAGACGAGACCAUGGCGAAGAACAUUCAAAUAUCAUUAGCGUCGAGGGUACAAGAGGCUAGCGCUCAGUUCAGGAAGAAACAAAGCACUUAUUUAAGAAAAUUACGAGGACUCGAAGAUACAGCGUCGCAAUUCGACCGCUCCGCUACCCCCGUGCAAAACCCAUAUACAGACCCGUCGUUAAUGGAGUCCGAUGCCGAUAAAUCCUUCUCCCAAACAACCCUGCUGCAGACUACUCAGCGCAUGACUGGCCAGAACGAUGCCGCAAUUCUACAACGAGAACGAGAGAUCAACGACAUUGCAAAGGGAAUUAUCGAGUUGUCCGAUAUAUUCCGUGAGCUACAGACGAUGGUCAUCGACCAAGGCACUAUGCUGGAUCGCAUUGACUACAACGUAGAGAGAAUGAAUACCGAUGUCAAAUCAGCGCAGAAGGAGCUCAAUGUGGCGACUGGCUACCAACGACGAACCACAAAACGUAAAAUCAUGCUACUACUCUUUCUCCUAGUGGUGGGAAUGAUUAUCGUUCUCCUUGUCAAGCCAAAGAAACAUGGGUCUUCGGAACCUACGCCUCCUUCUUCACCCCCUUCUGAGCCAGACAGUCAACCGCGAGCAUUUGAAAUAACUUAUAGGCGUUCGCGCGCUUCGUCGUUGACUCAUGUGGCAAGAAACAAAUGGGCAGAUCCCGAUAUAUAUCGAUAG